AUGAAAGAAUUUUCCAAAAUCCUAUCGUUUUUUGGCUCAAAAUGGCAGUAUUUUGUAUAUAGUAAGUUUAAAAAUCAUUUUUCAAAAAAAAAUUUUGUUACCUAAAAACUGGAAUGCAAGUUUUUAUAUAAUUUUUACAGUGUCACUACUGGUAACUCAAUGUAGCUCAUUCCCUGAUGACUGUACGGAUCAUUGCGUGUCUCAAAUGCAAAUGGUAGGUUAUUCUACACUACCCCUAUUCUGCCCUACCCUACUUUACCCUGCCCUACCUUCUAUAUUAUACCAUACCAGAUCAUACCAUACCCUACACACCCUUUUCAGAUGCUAGAAACGAUCCCAGCGACAAGAAACACGUCAUGGGCUCUACAUCAGCGUUCGCUAAUUCACGGCGGAGGAAAAGCGGAUAACAUGAGUGAAAGUUCAGGUGUCACUACCAUGAAUAAAUUCUUCACUCAAGUCUGUUUGUAAGUACGGUAGGGUAGGAUUGAAUAAGGUAAUUAGUUUAGAAUAGUGCAGGAUAGAGUAAAACAGGGCAAAGUAGAGUAAGGUAAGAUGGGGUAUUGCAGGGUCAAGGUUGUAUACAAUAGGUGAGGGUAGGGAAAGUCAAAGUAGGGUAGCGUAAAGUAAAGUCAAACCAAAAAAUCAAUACUAAGUGGACGAAAUGUAAAGUUACUUCUUAAGGUACAGUUAGACUAAAGACAGGACUUAAGCUAGCUCAAACUUAGUUACAGAAAUUAGAUAUAAAUGCCCUUAGGUCAUAAACAACUAUAAAUGCCUUUAGGUCCUACGAAUCAGUCGAGCACUGUUUGGAAAAAUGCGGUGGAAACUCGCAGCAACUAAUGAUGGCAAAACAGACCUAUUCCGGGCUCAAAUUGAUAUGCAAGGACAAUCGAAAAGGUAUCAACUUUUUUCACAGCACGCAGAAAAACAUUUUUUUAACAAAAUCAAGAUCUCUGCUACGACUUUUUCACAAAAACUCAGAAAAGCUUACCCGGACCUUUACACAAAAAUUAAAAUUUUUUUUGCUCGGAACUUUUCACAAAAAUUUUUAAAAAGUAGAAAAACUUUUUGCGCGGACUUUUUUAAAAAAUUCAAAAAAAAGUUUUGUCCGGACCUUUCCUCAAAAAAAAAUUUUACCCGGACCUUUUCACAAAACUUCAAAAUUUUUAAAAAUUUUAAUUUUUUUUCUUAAAUUUCAAGCCAACACAAGAGUUUUCAGACUUCUUCGCAGCCCUACCCUGCCUAACCCAAUACGAACCUCUAGCCAUGUCCAAAUGUAAUGCUCAAAUCCAACAAUCUCACAUAACCACCGCCAACUUCACUUCGGCCAUUGCAAAUCGCGAGUUCUACAGUAUUCGACUAAAAUUUCGGUUUUUGUGCAAGUAAGUGAAAGGAAGGUAAAAUACGAUGUUCCAAGGAGCAAAUGUCAAACCAUGAAACAAAUUUUACUUUGUAUAUGAAAAAGAUUUACAACAUUUAAUUUUAAAAAUUUUAAGAGACCUAACGGCCAUGAUAAACUGCAUGGAACCCAUAGUAAGAUCAGGCUGCGGAGAUCGAUCCACCAACCUCAUGCUCAGGUUCAUUACUCUCGAGUUUUCAAGGUGGGUUUUUCAUUUUACCCUGCCUUACCCUACCCUACCCCCAAUCUACUUACCCUACCCUACCUUUCUCUCCCCUACCAUAUAAUACCCUACUCUACCCCAUCCUACCCUAUCCUUAAAGAAAAGCCCCACCCUACAAUGUUCCAUCAGAUAACCUUUUCUUCUCAAUUAAACCCUACUAGACCUAUACCUGAAAGGCGGUCUAGGCCCAGCUUAGCCUCUGCUCAGGCCGACCUCUUUACAAGUCUAAGCCAUAUUUUAAAUUGACACUCUCAAGCCUAGCCUACACUUAUUAUAUCAAACCUUUCGGGUGCUCUACUAUCUCAUGCCCUACCCAAUUAUCUUAGCCCAGCCAUGACCUUAUUGUAGAUUUUCUGUAGUCGACCGAGCUCUGUACUAGUCCUAACCUUACCCCAAGCUUGCGCUAUCUUUACCCCACCUUUACUCUAGCCUUGCUUCACUCUACUCUUAUCGCAUUCUAACCAGCCCUAUCCUAGCCCGAGCUUUAUUUUAACCUUGUUUCACCAUACCCUUUCGUACCUUACCCUACCUAACUGUACUCUACCCUAACAUACCCUUCAAUAUCUUAUCCUAUCAUAUUCUACCCUUCCCCGUCCUACCUCUCUCCCUGCUCUACCCUACCCAGCCCUAUUCAAUCCCAGCCUUUAAUCUAUACCCAUGUCCAUACAAAAUUUCCACUGUAACGACAAAUCAACGGCUACGUCCCGUAUUUUACACUAAAUUUUUAGUUUUGAGCAGCUCUACAGUCAGUUGGCGCUAAACGAACCCUUGCCUCAUCAUUGUCGGGCUUUGUUAUCGCUAUCAAAUGGCUACAACACUUUUCCCGAGAACACUGUGUACGUUUCGCGGCCUUUGAACUCGGCCAAUUCUCAAUUACUCAGUUUUUCUAUUUGGUAUUUAGCCAUUAACUUUAUUUUUGGAUUUUUUGGUUAG